GAGGAAAUGACUAGCAUGCCCGGGCUUUGCUUGCCUCUGCGUGCCGCUCUAGCCCUCUCCCUCUCGCUGGUCUGCCGCGGUGCACGCUGGGGGCGGGCUGACGCGGCUGGACCUUCCCGUGGUGCCUUGCGCGGCGGAACGGAGGACGAGGAGCCGCCGCGCUGCUCGAGGUCGCUCAUGGCGGAGGCGCCGGGCUCGUCGCUGGUGGCGGCCGUGCUGGCCUGCGCGGCCCCCAUUGAGAAGGAGCGGCUCCGCGGCCGCGUCUCUGGCCUCUCCUGCCGGGUGGAGGAGCUCAAGGGUGAGGUCUGCAGCAUGAUCAACCAGAGAUAUGUGGAGUUUCUGCCCAGCAUGCAGAGUGCCGAGGAACUGGAGUCCCAAGUGGAAGAGCUGUCAGGCAAAAUGGACCAGCUGAAGACCAGGAUUGAGAAUGAGGUCCAACAAGAUCUUAAUGUGGCCAUUGCAGAGUUUUCAGAGUUGAAGCAGCAACUGGAGAGAGAUACUCUGAUCCUGAGUGUGUUGAAGCAGCUCAUGGAGUUUGAUACUUCUCUUAAACAGUUCAACGCCUUGUUGCCACAGAAGAAAUAUGUGCCUGCAGCUUGUCAUUUGAACAAGGCCCGUAGGAGUCUGAAACUGAUGCAGUCCCGCCAGGGCUUUGAGCUGAAGAUCCUGAAAGCCCUGGGCAGGGAGAUGGUCAUCCAAACCGCAAACAUGAUCUAUCUCUUGGGUCAAGAGUGGCAGCAAAUGGCUGUCUGGAAGCUUCCUCUGUCAAAAGAGAUUGGCAGCCUGGAGUCAGCCAUGCAGACAGAGUUGCGUUUGUGCACAGCACUGCCCGAGGAGGACGUGGCCACUGGCCCAACAGUGGCAUCUGUGCUGCAAGCAUUGGCUAUCUUGGGUGAGCUGCGCACAAAGUUCAAACAUUUUGGACAGUUACUGCUGAAGAACAUCCUCAAGCCACUGAUCUCUCACCCGUCGCUGCAGCCCGUGCUGGAGGAACGGGCAGAUGCUGCCAUCACGCUGCGCUUUGAGUCUGUGGGCUGUGAUUCGGGCCAGCCUUCUCCUGUGGAGGUCUUUGCGAAGAUGAAGUUGGUGCUUGAAGUUCUGCACAAACAUCUGUUGGACGUGCCACUUGAUCAGUGUGCUGAAGAGGAGAAUUCCAGACCCAUCUUGGCAGAGGAGCUGGGCAACGUGAUCUGGAAGGAGAUAUCGGACAGCCUCAUUCAGGACUGCUUGGUGCAUUCGAUCCCGAACAGCAGCAGCAAACUGGGACAGUAUAUUGAGGUAAUUAAAGCUACCGAGGAGUUUGAAAAAGCCUUGAAGGACAUGCAGUUUCUAAAGGAGGAUUCCACCGACUUGUUGACAUAUGCCCAGAAUGUCAACUGCCAUUUUGCAAAUAAGAAAUGCCAGGACGUGAUCGUGGCAGCGAGGCAUCUGAUGACGUCUGAAAUACACAACACUGUGAAGGUCACCCCAGACUCUUCAGUAAUUCUACCCAAGCUGCCUGUCCCUGGAGCAGGCGACCAGACCCAGGUCCUCCCAGCCUCCAGGGCUGCUCCCGACCAGGUGGCACAUGUGGAGAACGAGACCAGGCUCAGCCGGCACACCUUUUCAUUCCCUGCUUGCCGCAUCAGUGAAUCGGUACAAAAGUUAAUGGCGCUGGCUUAUCAGACGCUUCAGGAGGCCCUGGUCAGCACGGAUCAGUGCUACUUGGAGCUCUUCUAUUCUGUGCGGAACAUCUUCCAUCUUUUCUGUGAUGUGGUACCGAUGUAUCACAAGGAGAACCUUCAGAAGCUCCCCCAGCUGACCGCCAUCCACCACAACAACUGCAUGUACAUUGCACACCACCUCCUGACCCUGGGCCACCAGUUCCGGGGCCGCUUGAGUGACGGGAUGGUCACCUUUGUCGACCUGGUGCCUGGCUUCCGGAGACUUGGAACGCAGUGUUUCAUGGCCCAGAUGCGAGUCCAGAAGGGAGAGCUCCUGGAAAGACUCACCAGUGCAAGGAAUUUCUCCAACGUGGAUGAUGAAGACAACUAUUCGGCAGCAAACAAAGCCGUGCGGCAGGUCCUGCAUCAGCUGAAGAGGCUGGGCAAAGUCUGGCAAGACGUCCUCCCGGUGCACGUCUACUGCAAGGCCAUGGGGGUGCUGCUUAACACGGCCCUUGUCGAGAUCAUUAACAGAAUCACUGCCUUAGAGGAUAUCUCUGCUGAGAAUGCAGACAGGCUGCACGUGCUCUGCCAAACCAUGGUUGACGAGGGGCCCCUGGUGUUCACCCCCCUGCCGGAAGAGAAGCAGAACAAGCGCUUCCAGGAGGAGGUCCCGGUCUACGUGCCGAAAUGGGCGACGUUCAAAGAGCUCAUGCUGGUCCUUCAGGCUAGCCUGCAAGACAUCCUGGACCGGUGGGCAGACAGUAAAGGGCCCCUUGCGGCUGAAUUCUCCCCCAGCGAGGUGAGGAACCUCAUCCGAGCCCUGUUCCAGAACACAGAGCGGAGGGCUGCUGCGCUGGCAAAGAUCAAGUAGCUUUAGCAUCCGAUGUGCACCCAGAAAUGUCUUCCUGAGGGUGCUGUGGCCUCCCUCAUCCAACCCGCCCUUGUUCUCAUGAGCAGUCCUUCCGGGCUCUGUGUGCGCAGGUGCCUCCUGGAGGCCAGGCCCAAAGGAUCUGGAGAGCACCCACCGGCGUGCAUUUGCCAAAGCAGGACAGCCGCUGUGUCCCCUCUGGCCUCUGCUGCGUGGUCCCACCACACCUGUGACCUGAGCAUUUCUGACGGGUCAGAUCUUCACUCCAGGCGCCCAUGUGCCUGUCUUGCCAGUGCUUCGCUUUCCCAGUCUUCGGGUCUGCUGGAAGGAUUGGCAAGUGAGCCAAGGCACUACCUCUGCCCGGAGUGGGGUGGGGGGAGAGGAAGGGGGCGCACUCAGCAGGUGGGGUAGUUUGAGAUUCCUUGGCCAGCAGCAUCUAUGCAGCUUCUUUUGAGGGGAGGCACCCUUUUCCUGUAUCUUACCUCAUCUCUUCCUUGCAAACAGCUUCUGAAGCACGCAAGACGUGUGUGUGUGGGGGGGGGGAGAAUCUGAAUGGCCUUUUUAAGGCUCUUGAAGUGCCAAAAUCUUGUAGUUUAACAGCUGCUGCCUUUAGCGCAUUCCAAGCAGCAGGCCGAGGGUGAGGGUGGGCGAGGGCCGCUCCGUCUUUCAACACUCUUCUUAAAUUGAGCAUUCUCUUCUUGAGUUGGUCUCGGUGUCCUUAAGCCAGGCUGCUUGCUCCUGUGUGCCCUCCCCCUUCUGACGGGGCAGGCAUCACUCCUGCAGCACCCUCUCCCUCCCUCCAUGAAUGCAGCUAGUUGUCUCCUGUUGGUUAACAUGCAAGUGCUUGGACAUCUGAGGGGGAUGGAUGGCAGUCUGUACACCCCCACCACCCCCUCCUCUCUUUUCAUGGGCAUAUUUAUUCUUUAGCAUUAAAAAACAAUUUCUUUGUCCUCAGAGGUUAAAAAUCAGCCACUGCCCUGUUAUUAGAUUGAAAGGGUGGAACACCCCCCCCCCCAUCAUCCAAAAAAAGGGGGAGAUGUGACUGAAUAAAUGUGUCCUUUUGCAAUAAAGUAAUUUUGUUAGAGUA